UACAUGCGGAUGUUACAUGAUGGAAGAAUGAAGUAAACUGAAAGUGGAAGUUAUUUCAAGCAACGAAAUUCAUCGCUCUGUCAGAUUCAUUUUCUAUUCUUAGAAACAUUGAAAUACCCAUAAUUUGAAUAAUGACUACACAUUUUAUAGACUAUUUUUGGGGUGAGAAGAAUGAUGGUUUUGAAGUCUUAUACAACAACAUGAAAAAUGGCACCUCAGAUUGUCAAGAGUUAGCAGAAUUUGUUAAAGAAAGGUCUAUCAUAGAAGACUUCAACUCAAAAACAUUAUCCAGACUUGCUAAACAUGCUGGUAGUGGAUUAGCUCAUGGAACAUUUGGUCCCUUAUGGCAAAUGCUGAAGAGUUCAGCAGACAAACUGUCACACCUACAUGACAUUAUGGUUGAAAGAUUACAAGAACUUGUCAAACAUAUCAGCCAUUACUGUGAAGAUCAACAAAAAGUACACAAACAGGUGAAAUACAAACAACUGGGGACUGUAGAUGUAAUACAAUCCUUCCAGCAUAUUGCUGCCAGCGUGUUAAAAGCCAAAGAAAAUUGUUACAAAAGAUAUAUUGAAGUACAGAAACUUAGAGAAAGUGGUGCAUCUAAAGAGCUGGAAAAAGCAGAAACAAAGCAUAGGAAAGCAUGUGAUGAAUAUUGCUCCUGUGUUAAAAGAUACAACCAACUAAGAAGAGAGUUUGAGAAAAAGAUGGCCCUUGCUUGCCAGACUUUCCAGCAAAUAGAGGAAGAACAUUUACAACAGAUGAAAAAAUUCCUUAUAAAAUACAGUCAGGUGCUUGAAAAUUGUUACAUACUUAUAGGCCAGGCAAACCUGGAAUUCAAACAACAGUGUAAUGAAAUUGAUGUUUCAAGUCUGUUGGAACACUUUGUUAAGAAAAAUGGAACUGGCAUAGAAGUCCCUGGGCCAGUUGAAGUGGAACCCUUUCAUUUAUCUUCUGAUCAUCAUUUCCAGAUGCCAGAUGGUGCUAGUUUUAGGAAAGCAAACAAAUCAAAAAUCAGAAAUAUUAAAAGAUUUUCAAUACGCACUAAAAAAAGUGGUGCUGUUUCUAUGACAGACUUGUAUCAUACAUCAAGUAAAGAUAAUGAUGGCUCUAAGGAUGUUUCACCUUCCUCUUCCAAACCCAACCAUGCAUUUUCUGUGGCAGACCUAACUUCUACCAGCUCUACUCCAACUACUCUGAGUAGAAGUAGUGCUCUGGCUCGUACUGCUCUCAGAGCUUCCAAUUUUUUAUUUCGGAGCAAAAGAAAAAGAAAAAAAAAGAAAGAAAUGCUUGAGAAUCAUGAACACACAGCUCAAGAUAAGAGUGUUAUUGGAAAUGGCAGACUUUUAUCUUCAAUAGCACAAUCUGCUCCAGUGAUAGAUUCAGAAGGUUACACCAUCAGACCACCUGAAGAACCACCAGAAAAGGACAAAAACAGCUUCAACUCAAGCUCUGAGACUGAAUCUGAUGAGGACGACAGAAGAAAUAAGAUCCAUGUAGAAAUAAAACCGCUGAAAAGUGGAACUCCAAUUUGUGCUAGUAUUGAUGAACUGAAAGCAACAGUUAGUAUGAUCUCUCUCGCUUCUACAUCUCGAAGCACACCUUCCCACAUCCAUAAACAACAAAGAUGCAACAAUUUAGUGGUGAACGAGUCCAUGAAAAGGUCGAAAUCUGUAUCUCAUCCACUAAGUCAAGAAAAUGUUGAGACCUUCACUGUAUUUGAGGAAAGUCUAUCAAAAACUGCAUCAAAAGCCAAUGCACCAUAUGACCGAGCCCAGAGCUGUUAUGGUCACAUUGAUAUGAUUGAUAAACAAGACAAAGAAGAAACAGAUUCUACAGACAGAAACUCGGUGAACAGCUUUUUCUCAGCAGAUGACAUGUUAAGCAUAGAAAAUAGCCUUGACCAGGAAGGCAGCAAAACCACUGGACAUGUAGAUUUAUUUGGUUCAUCCCCAGAGCCAAAUGAACAGGAUUUUCCAUCAAUAUAUCAGCCUGUGGAACCAAAACAUAGCACACCUACAGCUUGGGGAACCAGUGAUGAUAACUUUAAAACUAGCUAUACUUGUUCUUUGCUUGAACAGCCAUCUUUUACCAUUGAUGUGUGUAAUGUAAUUCCUAUAUCUGCAGUAUUUGUAGAAAAGGUCAAUGCUUAUUUCAAGGGUAGCGAUCAUUCAAGGUGUCGUGUAAAGCUCUGUGGUAAACUAAAACUUGAAUUUUCUGAAACAACUCUUCUUCUGUUGGAAAAACAGUCAAAAUUAAACUUGCCUGUCCUGAGAUUAUACCGAACUGCAAAGAUCAUUGACAUACACCCCAACAGGAACUGUGUUACUGGAGUGCCUCAGCACCUUUCAGGUGAACAGUUCUCUCUUAAGCUUGACAUGACUGGCAUCUUAACUGUUUUAAGGAAACCAGAUCAGCAGAAGUCUUGUAAUGAUUCUAAUUACAUGGUGGACAUUCUUCAGUACAAUAUUAAAUCCAGUCCUGGUGUCAGAAAUGCUCCUCUUCAUAUGAGUGUAGUGUGGAAAUGUGAAAUGGCAAAGACCGAACUUUGUGUUGAGUACAAAUAUAAUCCAUCAGCCCUGGCCAGUUUGGUAUCUAUAUCAGAUAUCUCAAUAUCAACCUCAAUAAGUGGAGGAGUGACAAAGAUGAUUUCCAAUCCUUCUGCUCUGUGGAAGUCAGAUUGUCAGCAGAUUACCUGGCAUAUAUCUGACUUGUCACAUCAUUCAGAAGGAGGAGGAAUGGGAUUGUUGCAAGCCACCUUUGAUCUUAGUUGGGGACCUUCUACACCCAGCCCACUUUUUGCAAACUUUUUCUGUCAAAACACUUCUUUGUCUGGUGUUGAAUUGGACUUGGCUGCAAAUAGUCUAGGAUACCAGCUAUCACAAGUUGACAAUCGUGUGGAAUCAGCUGAAUACAUAUGUGAAGCUGAACAGAACAUCUCCUUUGUGUAAAUCAUCUCUACCUUAACAACAGUUAAAGCAUAUGUUUAAGAAAAGUCACUGUUGUCUAUUGUUUAACAGGGUAACUGUUUUAUUAAUCUAUGAAACAUUUAAAACAUGCAUUUAAGAAAAGUCACUAUUUUCUGUUGUUUAACAGGUUAGCUUUUCCUGUUUGUUUAAACUUUAUUUCUUUAUAAGAUUUUUAUUAUAUUUUAUAAUUUGGAUAAAACAUAACAGAAGAGUUAAAACUUUUUCUGGAUUAAUGGGUACUGAUCUUCCAGGCAUUUCCUUCCAUAAAAAUAUUAUUUUUUUAAAAAUUUUAUAAAGACUACAUUAACACCCUUCACAUAUGUGAUAUUUGUUUUUGUUAAACACUUACGUAAAUUGUUAAUUGUAAAAAAAAACAUAGUAUUUUUUGUACAUGUCAUACAAGGUGGCACAAAAUCAUUCCAAAAUUGCUUGACAGAUGAAAGGAAUUGAAAAAAAAUGGAGUAAGCCAUUGUGUUUAUGUU